AUGAGCUGUGGCUCCAAGCAGACCUCUAAAAGCUGCCUGCGAGGGAGCAGCGGUGGUGGUGGUGGUGGUGGUGGUGGUGGAGGGGGCAGUAAGUAUUCCUCUGCCUCCUCAAGAAUCACCUCUAGGACAAGCGGUGGCAGCAGGAUUUCUGGCAGCAGUUGUGGCGGAGGAAGCUCCAGGAGCAGCUAUGGUGGAGGAGCAAGCGGAGGAAUGAGCAGCGGUUAUUACGGAGGGGGAAUGAGCGGUGGUGGUUAUGGAGGGGGAAUGGGCUGUGGCAGCAUGGGAGUAAGCUUUGGAUCAGGGGGGAGUGGGUUUGGUAGUGGUUAUGGAGGAAGCUUUGGUGGAGGUGCUGGUUUCAGUGGUGGCAGCUUUGGCAGUGGUGGCUUUCCUGGAGGGCAUGCGGGAAUUCUCUCCAACGAUGAAAAGCUGACCAUGCAGAGCCUUAACGAACGCCUGGCUUCCUACCUGGCUACGGUCAGAAAUUUGGAAAUGGAAAAUGCCCAGCUUGAACAACUAAUCAGGGAGUGGUACCAGAAGCAAGGCCCUACUGGUACCAGGGACUACAGCCAAUACUAUCAAAAAAUUGAAGACCUUCAAAACCAGCUUGUGACUGCGGCUGUGGAAACCAACAAGGUGCUUUUGGACCUGGACAACACCAGGAUGACGGCAGAAGACUUCAGGAUAAAGUACGAGACGGAAUCUGCUCUCCGGCAGAACGUGGAGGCCGACAUCAACAGCCUGCGACCCUUGUUGGACAAUCUGACUCUGAGCAGGUCUGACCUGGAAAUGCAAUUUGAGUCCCUGAAGGAGGAGAUCAUUAACCUCAAGAAGAACCACGAGGAGGAAAUGGAAUCGCUGCAGUCCCAGUCCAGUGGUGAUGUGAAUGUGGAGGUGAACGCUGCUCCCGGAGAGGAUCUACUGAAAAAACUGAAUGAUAUGAGACAAGAAUAUGAAAAUAUUAUUCAGAAAAACCGUGAAGAGGUUGAAAGGUGGUACGAAAGCAAGAUGGAGGAAGUGAGUCAACAAGUCCACUCCAGUGGCCAGGAAGUGGAAUCCAGCAACCAGCAGAUCUCCGUGCUGAGACGUGAAUACCAGGGCCUGGAAAUCGAGCUGCAGUCGCAGAUCAGCACGGCACAGUCUUUGCAAUCCAACCUGGAAGACACAGAACGUCGCUACAACAUGCAGCUGCAGCAGAUCCAGGGCAUGAUCGGCCCCUUGGAGGAGGAGCUGGCCAGCAUCCGCUGCGAGAUGGAGAGUCAGAACGAAGAGUACAAGAUGCUGCUGGGCAUCAAGACCCGCCUGGAGCAGGAGAUUGCCCAGUACCGGGCACUGCUCGAGGAGGGGCAGCACGAUAUCAGCAUCUCCCAGGGAGGAGCUGGUGGUGGAUCUUCAGGAGGAGGAGGUCAUGGAGGAACUAGCUGGUCUUCUGGAAGAGGAAGUAGUGGAGGAGGAUGUAGCUGGUCCUCAGGUGGAGGAAGCAGUGGAGGAAGAACUGGAGGAUCCUACGGAAGAACUUCCUCUUCUGGAGGUGGAGAAGGAGGGAGUGGAGGAAGAACAGGAGGUGGAGCCUGUGGGAAAACUUCAGCUGGAGGAAGUGACAGUGGCGGAGGAGGAGGGAGCAAAUCCUGCCUCUCCCGCUCUUCAUCUUCCCACUCCCAGUCUGGCAAGUCUUGUGAAAGCCAAGUUCCAGGAGGUGCUGAAAAUCUGAAGCUCUGCCUGGAAGGAAAUAAAACAUUGGAGAGAGGAGCAACAAUGGAGGAAGUGUCUGAAGCCAUAAAAAUGAUCAGAUCGGGGAGUUUUAGAAAGUCGGAGGACUGA